GCGUGAGCGGUGGAGGCUGCGUGGAAGGGGCAGGUGAAGAAAUGCCGGUAAUACCUCACAAGUCACCCCUUCUUCAUGGUGGAGGAGAAAUGGGUCCUGUGCGACCAGAUCAGGGCUUGGUGCUCUUCAAAGAGGUGGCCGUGUAUUUCACCAAGGAAGAGUGGUCUCUGCUGGAUCCGAGGCAAAGGACUCUGCACGAACAAGUUAUGAUGGAGAACUUUGCAAACGUGGCAUAUUUGGAGACCUGUGAUGUGCCAGGGAUCAAGGCAGAAGAAGGACAGGGAGUAUUCUUAGAAAGAGCAAGUCCUGAAGAACGAAAAGAGCAGAGAAAUCUAAAUAUUCAUUUGAAAAUCCACACAGGAUGGAAGCAACUGAAAUGCUCAAAGUGCAGUAAAAGUUUCUAUGAUAAAGCUACCCUCAGAGAACAUCUGAGAAUCCACACAGAGAAGAAACCAUUUACGAGUCUGGAGUGCAGAAAGGCCUUAAGUUGGUGUGAUUUACUUUCUUCACAUCAAAGGAAUUACACAGAUGAGAAGCCCUUUAAAUGCCUGCAGUGUGGAAAAGCAGUUUCUUCGAAUUCUGCUCUUACUGCACAUCAAAGGAUACACACAGGUGAGAAGCCAUUUAAAUGCCUGGAGUGUGGAAAGAGCUUCACUCGGAGUGGACAUCUUACUGAACAUCAAAGAAUUCACACAGGUGAGAAGCCAUUUAAAUGCCUGGAGUGUAGAAAGAGCUUCACUCGGAGUGGACAUCUUACUGAACAUCAAAGAAUUCACACAGGGGAGAAGCCAUUUAAAUGCCUGGAGUGUGGAAAGACGUUCGGUUGGAAUCAUGGUCUUACUUCACAUCAAAGGAUACACACAGGGGAGAAACCAUUUAAAUGCCUGGAGUGUGGAAAGACAGUUUCUUCGAAUUCUGCUCUUACUGCACAUCAAAGAAUUCACACAGGAGAGAAGCCAUUUAAAUGCUUGGAGUGUGGAAAGAGCUUCACUCAGAGUGUGCAACUUACUUCACAUCAAAGAGAUCACACAGGUGAGAAGCCAUUUAAAUGUCUGGAAUGUGGAAAGAGCUUCAUUCAGCGUGCGCAACUUACUUCACAUCAAAGAGUUCACACAGGUGAGAAGCCAUUUAAAUGCCUGGAGUGUGGAGAGAAGUUUGGUUGGAAUCAUGGUCUUACUUCACAUCAACGGAUACACACAGGGGAGAAGCCAUUUAAAUGCCUGGAGUGUGGGAAGGCAUUUACUUCGAAUAAUUCUCUAACUGCACAUCAAAGGAUACACACUGGGGAUAAGCAAUUUAAAUGCCUGGAGUGUGGAAAGGCCUAUACUCGGAGUAAUACUCUUACUGAACAUCAAAGAAUCCACACAGGAGAGAAGCCGUUUAAAUGUCUGGAGUGUGGAAAGGCCUUCCGUCAGAGUGAUAAACUUUAUACACAUCAAAGAAUACACACGGGGGUGAAGCCAUUUAAAUGCUUCGAGUGUGGAAAGAGCUUCACUCAGAGUAGUUCACUUAUUUCACAUCAAAGAGUUCACACAGGUGAGAAGCCAUUUAAAUGCCUGGAGUGUGGAAAGAGCUUCACUCAGAGUGGGCAACUGACAGAACAUCUACGUAUCCACACAGGUGAAAAGCCAUUUAAAUGCUUAGAGUGUGGAAAGGCAGUUUCUUCGAAUUCUGCUCUUACUGCACAUCAAAGAAUUCACACAGGAGAGAAGCCAUUUAAAUGCUUGGAGUGUGGAAAGAGCUUCACUCAGAGUGGGCAACUUAUUUCACAUCAAAGAAUUCACACUGGGGAGAAGCCAUUUAAAUGCCUGGAGUGUGGAAAGGCAGUUUCUUCGAAUUCUGCUCUUACUGCACAUCAAAGGAUACACACUGGUGAGAAGCCAUUUAAAUGCCUGGAGUGUGGAAAGGCCUUUGGUCAGAGCGAUAAACUUACUGCACAUCAAAGGAUACACACAGGUGAGAAGCCAUUUAAAUGCCUGGAGUGUGGAAAGGCCUUCUCUCAGAGUAGUUCACUUAUUUCACAUCAAAGAGUUCACACAGGUGAGAAGCCAUUUAAAUGCCUGGAGUGUGGAAAGACAUUCAGUUGGAAUAAUGCUCUUACUGCACAUCAAAGGAUACACACAGGUGAGAAGCCAUUUAAAUGCCUGGAGUGUGGAGAGGCCUUUGGUCGGAGCUAUAGACUUACUGAACAUCAAAGAAUUCACACAGGAGAGAAGCCGUUUAAAUGUCUGAAGUGUGGAAAGGCCUUCCGUCGGAGUGGUACACUUUAUACACAUCAAAGAAUACACACAGGGGUGAAGCCAUUUCAAUGCCUGGAGUGUGGAAAGCUUUUCACUCAGUGUGGACAAUUUACAGAACAUCUACGUCUCCACACGGGAAAAGCCAUUGAAAUGUUUGGAAUGUGGAAAGGCUUUCCAUUGCAGUGCUUCACUAAGCUAUCAUCGGAGAAUCCACACAGGGGAGAAGCCAUUUAAAUGCCUUGAGUGUGGAAAGGCAGUUUCUUCGAAUUCUGCUCUUACUGCACAUCAAAGGAUACACACAGGGGAGAAGCCAUUUAAAUGCCUGGCGUGUGGAAAGGCCUUCUCUAAGAGUAGUUCACUUAUUUCACAUCAAAGAGUUCACACCGGUGAGAAGCCAUUUAAAUGCCUGGAGUGUGGAAAGGCAUUCAGUUGGUUUCAUGCUCUUACUGCACAUCAAAGGAUCCACACAGGAGAGAAGCCAUUUAAAUGCCUGGAGUGUGGAAAGGCCUAUACUCAGAGCAAUAAACUUACUAAACAUCAAAGAAUUCACACAGGGGAGAAGCCAUUUAAAUGCCUGGAGUGUUGAAAGGCAUUCACUUGGAAUCAUGCUCUUACUGCACAUCAAAGAAUUCACAGGGGAACAAAACCAUUUAAAUGCUUGCAGUGUGAGAAAUACUUCUGUGAUAAAUUCAUGUCAAACAAUUCACAGCUUUCAUUUAAUGCUGUGGCCCCGUUCAGACAACACACUAAACCAUGCUGCUUAACCACAAAAAGCUUAAUGGGGUAAGAUUCUUCCAAGAAAUAGGGGAAAUAUUACCAAUCAAGGGAUUUGUAAAACACAGUUGGCGUUAUUGCAUAUGUUUGUAAAAGAAAAUAGAGAGAGAUGAGAAAAAAAAAAUUGACUUUUUGUUGACAGCUGAGAAGCAAUUAAUAGCAAUCAUCCGGUGAAGUAGCGUCCCAUUAAGCUUUUUGUGGUUAAGCAGCGUGGUUUAGCAUGUUGUCUGAAUGGGGCCAAUGUCUCAAAUUUUCUUUUUCCACAUAGCUAUUGUUAACAUGUGAACUGUCUUCCAGUUACUUGCUCUUAAUUGCUUCUCAGCUGUCAACAAAAAGCCAAUUAAUUUUUUUUCUCAUCUCUAUUUUUUUAUGCUUAAUUCUUGUAUACAUACUCCCCUUAUUGUUGCUUUGCUCGUUUCCAAUCUGAUUGUUUCUGUUGUUUCCUUCAAAAUAUCUUUCUAUAUUUCUUUUUAUUUUGUCUUUAAACAUCUUCCUUAGUUAAUAAUAUGGGGUUCAAUCUCCAUAUAUAAUUAUUUUUCUUUUUUCGUCUCUCUCUGCAUAUGCUUUAAUUUGGGCAUGGUCUGUCAUUUUUACUUGCCCAAUUUCCUUUUGUUGUUGUUGUUCUUCAUAAGAAAGAGUUUCUGUCACUAGAAUUGUG